GACAAUUCAAUCAAUAUCUCGGAAACUAAUUGAAACAAAACUCAUACAAAAAUUUAAGAAAUUAAAAUGGAAGAAGCAUUGGAUUACGAGGAUCUUAGGGCCUUUGAGCGACGUCUCACCGAAGUGGUUGCCUCAUAUCGCAUCUUGACCUUGCGCUGGCGCAUUAUCCUUAUUCUCUUGGCCAACUUGAUGAUCAUUGGCGCCUACUCCUGGCUGGAGGAUUUACAUACCUCACUCCCAUUUACUCAGUCCAUCCGAAGUCAUCCUGUAUUCAGUGUAGCUGCCUUAUUGUUCACUCUCUUGAUAUUUCUGGGAAAACAGAAACUGAUAUUUGCUGGGAAAAUUAUGGCUAUACGAACAAAUGGAGUGCUGGAAAUUUUUAACAUGGAGUGCAAUGAAGUAGGAAAGCUGAAAAUGAAAUCGUAGAUACACGCUCUUAAAU